GUACGGACGCGCUCGCGCACGACCCGUCACCGGGCUAACGACCGCGGCGUUCCACGCGCGCGCCCGUCUUCCCCGCUCGCGCGCCCCGCGCCUCGCGCCGACGCCGGCCCCACGUUCAACCCCGGCGACGAUGUUAACGAUCACGGCGCCAGGUCGCGUGCUGACACGGACGUCUCCGAUCGGCCCGACCGCCCCGCGCGCCGCCGCCGCCGCGCGCGCCCCCGCGUCGCUCGCGCCCGCGUCGCUCGCCCGUCUCGAUCGAAACAAGACGCGCGGGCAUCGCGGCCGUCGCGCGGGCCUCCGAGCUGUCGCGUCGCAUGGCUCCGGCGUCUCCCCCGACGCUGCGCACCUCCUCCCGCGAUCGUCGUCCUCGUCGUCGACGGUUGGAGCGUCUCCUCGCGCGGUCGUGGCCGAGAUCGCCGCCAAGCCGCCCGCGCCUCCCCCCGCCGUCGUCGCCAACGACAACGCGUUCUACGCCUUCUGCCGCGCCAACUGGCCGGCGUUCGUCGUGGUCCAGACGUGCGCGCUCACCGGCGCCGUCGUCAGCGGCGUGAGCAGCCGGAAGAAACGCAUCGAGCUCGAGCUCAUCAUGAAGAAGUACCGCCGGAUGAUGGACCGCGUCGACGACAUGACGUGCACGUUCGACUGGGACCUCGGCAUGGAGCAGUGCACGGACGACUGGCCGGGAAGCACGGAGCUCGCCAUCGCCAAGAUGCUCCUCGACGAAAACGGUGACGCCGACGCGGCGCUCGUUAAGUUCGCCGAAGCUAAAGCCGCGGUGGUCAAAGCCACGGACGGGUUACGAACUCUCGCGGGCGACGCCAAGGCGACGAGCUCGUGGGUGAGCGCGGGUAAGGGCGCGGCGCUCGCGCUCGUGAGCAAAGGGACCGAGGAGACGCUGAGGGCGGCGGUGGAGGAGCUGAAGACGGUGGCGGCGGCGGCGGAACGGGAGGGGGACAGCACGGUGUACGGGAUGCUGGGCGACGUCCUCACGGACCUCGGGGACUACGCCGAGGCGGGCGAGUACUACGACAAGGUGCUCGCCAUGGACUGAAAACUCGUCUCGCGUAGUCGUCCUGUUUUUCCAUUCGUAUUACCUUCGGUACGAAGGUACUUGUAACGGUAUCCAAGAUUAUGAGCC